AUUUCUACGUGACAUUGUAGAAGUAGCCUUCAUACCAGUCAUAGAAAAUAUGGCAACAAUUAUAGCGGCUUCUUUAACCAACAAAAAUUUAUUUGGAAACUAUGUGGCCAAUCAUAUUUUUGUAACUGGAGAUCCGUUCAAUCUAUCCUAUGGUUCAAAGAUCCACACCACAUAUAGCAUGUUAUUGCAGAAAGCGAUUGACGAUGCUGUAUGUUUCAAAGAAAAAGAUACAAUGACAUUCGUAUUGGGAGAAUCACUUUGGCAAUUGCUAGAGCUUGUAACACACACCAAACCAUUUAUGUAUGGAAAUUUCAUCAACGGGACGUUGUGUCAAGUAUCAAGCGAGUCAUAUGCGCUGCGAGUUAAAGAAUUAAAUACGUUUUCGUAUUUUCCUUUCUUCCGAAUAGACCGUUAUGGCGAUAUCAAAAAUAUCUUAAAAGGAGAUGGUAGUUACUUUGUAUUUAUUCAAAAAGGAAAGCCAGUUUCAACCAAAGCAUUUCUGAUUCAACAGCAAGAAUAUUUUAUGAAUCCAGAUUUCGAAUUUAUUCAAUUAGAUAGCUCCAAACAUGCUGUUCCGAAACAAUAUGACAUGUUAGACGAGUUGGUUGCUGGUACAGAAUAUCGUAUAUGUACCGAAUUGGAUCAUAAUAAAGUCACAGGAAUGGUGGUAGAAUGUAGACAGAUCAGCCAUAAUUUAUCUAUCAAAGUAUCAAGAGGGUGUAUGGGCCAUGAUUAUAACAAUCAUGAUUUUCCUUUUAAUCGUUCCCUGAAUAUCAUUGAGCCAUUAACACUCGCUUAUAUUUAAACCAAUAACAACAAAAACAGCUUUAGCAAUUUCAUACAUAAGCUUUGUGAAUUUGCAGUUCU